CUGUCACCUCCGACACCGCCACUCCCACGCUGCUCCUCCCACCGCCACACCAGAACCAUGGGGAGGAAAAAGAUCCAGAUUCAGAGGAUCACCGAUGAGCGCAACAGACAGGUGACAUUUACCAAGCGGAAGUUUGGUUUGAUGAAGAAGGCGUACGAGCUGAGCGUCCUGUGCGACUGCGAGAUUGCUCUCAUCAUCUUCAACCACUCUAACAAGCUGUUCCAGUACGCCAGCACCGACAUGGACAAAGUCCUGCUCAAGUACACCGAGUACAACGAGCCCCACGAGAGCCGGACCAACGCCGACAUCAUCGAGACGUUGCGAAAGAAAGGCUUUAACGGCUGCAACAGCCCCGAGCCCGACGGGGACGACUCCAUCGACCAAAGUCCGCAAAACGACCGCAAGACCGAAGACCUGGACAGCCUCUUCAAACGCUACGGCGCUCUGAACAAGAAAGAGCACCGGGACUCUGAGAGCCCAGACCCCGAGGAGCCCUUCUCCCUCACCCCCCGCACUGAAGAGAAAUACAAAAAAAUUGACGAGGAGUUUGAUAAAAUGAUGCAGAACUAUAGGCUGUCAUCCACAGUCCAACAGCCCACUUUUUCUAUGCCAGUCACCGUGCCAGUAUCCAAUCAGAACGCAGCCACCGCCGCAGCCCUCCAGUUCAGUAACAACCCAGCCGGGGCCCUGGUCACCACCACCUCCUUCGUUACCUCCACCCUCACAGAUCCCCGCCUCCUGUCGCCACAGCAACCAGCUCUGCAGAGGAACACCGUGUCACCGGGGUUGCCACAGCGACCGGCCAGCGCAGGUGCUCUGUUAGGGGGAGAUUUGGGGAACUCAAAUGGAGCAUGUCCAAGUCCAGUCCCUAAUGGCUACAUCAGUGCCAGGGCCUCCCCGGGCCUCCUCUCUGUAUCCAACGGCAACGGCCUGGGGAAAGGGGCUCCGGCGAAGUCCCCACCUCCACCCAGCCCUCAGAUGGUCAACAGCCGCAAGCCGGACCUGAGGGUCAUCACUUCACAGAGUGGCAAAAGCCUCAUGCAGCUGACAGAGGAAGAGCUGGAGUUGGUGAGUGAGAAUGCUCAGCGGCUAGGAGGCUCGCAGGUGGCACAGUCACUCACCACCCCUGUGGUCUCCGUGGCAACCCCCAGUCUCCUUGCACCCUUCUCCAGCAUGCAGACAGCCUACAACACUGAGUACCAGCUGACGAGUGCAGAUCUCACAGCGCUCCAGACGUUCACACCACCAGGGCUGGUGCCUGGCAACAUGGCUGCCUGGCAACAGCAACCAGCAGUCUCCCAGCAACAACAACAACAGCAGCAGCAGCAACAGCAGUUGACUUUGGCGUCGCUCAGUAACUUGGUCAUGUGGGGUGCAGAGAAACAGAAUGCGGAGAUGGUUAACUGCAUCUCCAAUUUUGCUGCUAACCUGAGGCCGGUGGGUCCGAUGUCCCAGGGCGCCGCGCUGACCGUCAACACCAACCCCAACGUCAACAUCAAGUCCGAGCCCGUGUCCCCCAACCGCGACCGCAACACGCCCAGCUCCAUAUGCGGCCUGGGAGGGGCCGGCGGAGGAGGGGGUCAGGUCCAGGUCCAGGGCCAGGGCCUGGUGUCGGUGGCCUACCCGGGCAGCCUGCGGCUGGAGGCGGGAGGUCAGGGCCGCUCGCCGGUGGACAGCCUCAGCAGCAACGGCAGCUCGUACGAGGGCAGCGACCGGGACGACGGGCGAGGCGGGGCGCCGGACUUCCACCACCACCAGGCCGGCCCCGGCGGUCAGCAGCCCACCAUGCUGCUGCUGCGGCCCUCCUCGGCCGAGCCCCAAGAACAGGACGGGGCGAACGUCAAGAGGAUGCGAUUGGAACCCUGGGUCACAUAA